GAUGCCAGUGAAUUGGAGGGUGAACGUGCCACCUCUCCAACGACACUGGACAAACUACCUGUACAUCAAAUUUCUCCGCCUCUAUGAAAGAAUGCAAAACAAUAGGUUAUUUACAGAGAGUUGUGUGAGAAAGUUCUCUACAAGAAUGUAAACUCAGAAGGCUUUAGAAAACUCUUGAUAACCAGGGCGACAGUUUCUGACACCAAUCUUCAUCCACCUGACUGUCUGAGAUUCUCUGUGCUUGUCAGGCAGUUCUGUCUGAUUGCUGCUGAUGGUUUGUCCCUUGGGUUUAGUUGUGCAAGUGUCUCUGGUUUGAGGCAGAUCAGAUCUGUAAAUUUGCACUGUGGCUUCAGGAAACAGGACAGUGGAGGUGAAGGGAGAGAAGGGUGUCUGAAUACUGAUGAAUGAGCUGUGAUGGAUAACAAGGACUCAGAAGCUGAGAUCCACCCUCUGAAGACUGAGGAUGUAAAAGCUCAGGAGAACCAUGAAAACUAUGUGGAGAGGAGGAUUGUCAAGUCCUCGGGGCUGUCCCGGCUGUCCCGGUGGCGCACUGCUGCCUUCUUCAUCUCCCUGUUCCUCUGCCUGAUCAUUGUGUUUGCUUUCUCCUUUAUCAUUCCCUGCCCAGAGAGGCCAGUUUCAGAAAGAACAUGGUUCCAAUAUUACAACAACGCAGUGCCCUACCCGUUCCUUGCUAUAGAAGAUGUGAAUGAAAACAAAGUACAAGAUGUGCUCUUUGCUUUCAAAUCCAGCAACGGCAGCAGCAGAUUCAACAUGUCCUGUCUGGAUGAAGGGCUGCCGUCUCCCUGUGCCUUCAUUGCUGCGGUGUCUGGCACGAAUGGCAGCGUGCUCUGGGAGAGCCCUGUUGUGGAGGACAUGCAGUGGCUGCAGUGUGGCAUCCAGCAGCUGGGCACGGCAGCGGCCCCGGGCUGCCUCGUGGUGGAGAAGCCACUGUUCCUUACAGCAGUCAGCCUGCGCACAGGGGAAGUUCUGUGGAGGCAAUCCCGUGACUUUGGAGCUAAUUAUACUGUGCUGACUCCUUUAUCAGUGAUUCCAGAUGUGGAUAAUGAUGGAGUUCAGGACCUGAUAAUCUUUAUUACUAAAGAAGGCCAGGUGAAGAUCUUCAUCCAUUCAGGAAAAACUGGCCAGCAGAUCGGCUCCACGGGCAGCCUGAAGGUGGAUGGCAUCGCUCGCUACGUCAGGCUGCAGCUGCGCUCCUCCUCCUACUUCCUUUUCUACACAGAGAACUCUCUCUAUGCAUAUUCCCUGGAAGAUCUGUGCAGUUCAGUAGUUGGGGUGGAAGUUAAGCUUCUCAACUUCCAGCCGGAUUCUCACUGGGAGAGGCACGUUGACCAUGCCACGCACCGCUUAUCCCUUCUCAGAUUUGGAGACAUUCACUACCUGACAAAAGUUCCUGGGCACUCAAGGGACAACAUCUUGGUUGUGGACUCAGAGAUGGCUACACUGAUCAACACAAAAGAUCUCCACAUUGUGUGGACCCUCAAUGUGUCCCGUGUUUUGAGUGAGCCGCUGCUCGGUUACUACAAACCCGAUGCCCAUGGUAUUGUCCUGGAGAGUGAAAUUGGACCCAACAGGAAGAAGGUUAUGAUUGUUGAGAGUGAAUCUGGAGCAAUCCAAUGGGAGCUGAAGCUGAACUCAGGACCAGGGAGCCCUGGCCCAGCCACACUUCCCACUGCGGAUCACCGUUCCACCUUCCUCAUGUGGGGGGACUACCAGGAGCCAGGCAAUGAGACAAGACACAGAGAUCCUCUCCAGAAGCUGUACCUUUUCCAUCCUUCCUACACUAAUGUCCUGUUGGAGCUCCGCAACAGCACCGACCAGAUAAUUGCAUUCACUGCGGCGCUGUUCGAGCGGAGCCAUCACGCCUGCUAUGUGCUGCUGCGGGGCCCCCAGCCCGGCGAGGGGCCGGGCCCCGUGUCCCUGAUGAAGAGGAAGCUGAAGGAGGAUGUGGCAGUGAGCAGGGUGAUCUGGCUGCGCCGCACGGCCGGGGACGACGAGCAGCACAUCCGGGACCGCCUCUACAGGAUGCGAUUCCAGAGCCGAGAUUGAGCUGGCCGAGGAAUGGGGAACGGGGAGAGGCUGCCUCUGCUCUGCAGCUGUGCUCUCAACAAGCCCAGAGCCUGCAUUCCCAUGGGAAGCUGCCUUUCUUGAUCUGCAAACCAAAGUGUGGCUGGCAGGGAAGCACUCCCAGUGUCUAGGGAUACCCAAGCUGUGGGGGCAGCUGCCAGAGUGUCUGUCCUCAGAGCUGAUGGGACUCCAGUGCUUGGCCACCACUGAAGUGUCAUCAGCUCAGGGAGGGGGGCUUUCCCCUCCAUCCCUUUGUGCCCGCAGAGCUGUGCUGACUCAGGAGCAUGUCUGGAUGAAAACGUGUACUUGCGGAGGUGCCAGAAUUGAUGAUUUCUGGGAUGUCUGAGAAGUGGAGUUGGAUGUCUGGGAAGUGGAGUUUGCUGUGUGGUGUUUGCUGUUAGAUUUCCUUUCUGAGUCAGCUCUCCUGGUUGGGGAGAAGUGCUUGGCUGCAAGUUGAUUUGCAAUUACCCUCUCCUGGAUUUGAGCCGUGCUUCAGUAGUGGAGGGGGUGUGUGGUGACCCCAGCCAUGGCUGUGGUGUGUCUGGUGUCACUUGGGCCAGCAAAGCACAGGUUAAAGUGUCAUUCUACUUAGCAAAUGGCCUUUUCUCCCAAGAACAGCCCCAUGUGUCCUACUCUGCAGUCACCAGCCUACCUGUGUCUGUGUCCUCUGCUGCUUCUUUCCCAGCCAGGCUGUGCAGUGUUGGUGGCACUGAGCUGGUGGGAGCUGGUCUCCCACCUGAUGGAUACAUCAAUGUUCCUCCCUUCCCUCAGUCUGCUUAUAGGUGGUGAGAGAUCCACCCUGAGCCCAGGCUGGCUGGUCCUUGGAGGUACCACCACCACCUCCAGAGGAUCUGGCUUGAGUAGAAUUGCACUUUAACCUUUUCUGGGAGCUGGGAUUGCUGCUCUGGGAAGCCCUGUACCCAAGUGGCAGUGCCAGCACCCUGCUGCCGGGAGGUGGGCAGGAGCUCUGUGCUGCCUCCCUGCCCUUGGAAUUGAAGUGAUGCUGGGUGAGGAUCCUCGAGCACUCUUCUCUCUGCCCAGUCUGGUAUCCCGAGGGGAAGGGACAGGUUGCUGUGUGAAGAUGACAUGUUUGUCCUGGAGAUCUGUGUAGCACCAUGAGGUGUUUGCUCUGCCCUGUCCUGAUGGGUGCCAGUGCAGGCUGUAGAAACAAGGUGCAGGGCCUUGAAAACAGUUUGAACCAGCUACUCAGUCCUGAAAGUAAAAAUAGGCCUAAAAAUAACGUCUCUCAGGCUCUGCAGUGCUGGAGGGGGUUUGGCCAGUUCCUCCCUCCCUUACUGAGUCUGACAAUGGGGGAUGUGUAGAAACACUGUAGGAUGGGAAUGUGCAGCAUCAGGCAUCAGCUCUUCCCUUCAGCCACUGCUGAGCCCAAAUGUGCCACUGGGCAGCUGCUGUCACCAGCUCACACCACAGCCCCAGUCCUCCCAGUCUGACAGCACAGGGAGCUGGGCUGCCUGGACACCUCCUGCUUCCAGCUGACCUGUGGCUGCCUAAAGGGUGCCCUGUCUCCUCUGCCCCAUGACCCAUAUCCUGGGCAGCCAAGGGAGCCAGGCCUGGGGUGUCCAGCUGUGCAGGAAGCCAGGGAUGCUCUCUGCAGAGUGCUCCCCAACCUUCAAAGCACCCUGGGCUCAAAAUUAUGGGGUUGCUCCUGUGCCUCUCUUCCCAGCUGUUUUCUGAGGGAGUGUAGGAGUGCAGGGAGGUUCCCCAGCUGUGUCCCCCAGCUUGGGUUUCCUCUUUGCUCAGCACCUUAGGCCUGACAGCCCCUCCAGGUCUGUGCCACUGUUGCAGCCAUAAGAGGGCUGGAUUGAGGCUGCCCUUCAGCCAGCUGGGGCAGGGCACAGGGCAGGGGAGCCUCAGGCUUGCACUGUAGUCCAGCCUGAGUGCUGGAUGUGGAUUAUUUCCUGCUGAGAUUCCCGUGGCCAGGAGCAAGGGGAGUGCCUGGGGUACAGCCUGGGCUGCACUCUCACUGCACUCUCGCUCCUCAGAUCCCUACCCAGACCUGACCUUCCCAUAGGCACACUGAAUGUUCCUUGAGGAGAGCUGGAUUUUCAGCUCUGUGGAGCUUUCCUGGCUUUAAGCUGUCCAGUAAUGUUUCUGGACAGUUUGGAAACGCGGAUUUCGCCGUGGCAGCUCAAUUAAACGCAUCAGUGCCAAACCAGCACCUUCUUAACAAAACCAGUCUGUUUUCAGCUUAUUUCCUGUGUAAUUGGUUUUUUUGCAGUAUUUAAUGAAUGACUUUGUGCCUUGAUUCAAUAACUCAGCUGGGUGGCAAUGGCUAUAUCACUGUGUUACGUGUUAGUGUGGUUUUUAACACUGAGACUGUUUGGUUUGGUUCUUUAACUUAUUGCAAAUUGUGCUGUACAGGACUUGCUCUAACCGGAAUGGUUUCAAUAAAUCCUCUUUUGCAUUGUUUGUAAA